AUGUCUGGUCGGCGGCAACGAGGCUCGACUGCGGGCGAGUCGUACGAGCUCCCGGCAUCACCUCCUUCCGUCGCGGUCGAAGAGCCUCUGCUCGUCAACACAUCAUUCGCAACCGAUCCGGAUGCCACCGACGCUUCCCUCCAACGCCUCGCAUCGCCAAAAUGGUCUCGAAGCAACUCUCGGUACUCGGCCUUCGACGAAGGCCUCGAGCCAGACUCUGAAGGUCGCUUCCUUUCGGCAGCAGCCGCCUACCAGUUCGAUCCAGCUCUAUCUCACGGCCAUUCCACACCCAUGCAAGAGCGUCCCUUCACGCCUCCCUUCGCUCGCUCAGACUCCCGCCCCACGUCUCUGGCAAGCUCGCACAUGCUCUCGGUGCGCUCUCGCAGCGAUUACGAUUCGGUCUAUCAGCUUUGGAGACAGAGCGGCACACCCAGCAGCUUCAGAGACUUUGCCGACGACGCAGCCAGUAGCCACUAUGAUAGGCGCGGCAGCCAAGCCAGGGAUCUCGAGAAGAUCGAGCAAUACCGCGCUGGUGCGUACGAUCCGCCCUCCCCACCAACACGCAACGCUGCAUUCCAGGGCCUCCACCAAGGCGAGGCUGGUGCCAAAGGACCAAAGGACUAUCGUGCCGUUGGUCUCGCCAAAUAUGGGCGGGGCAAAGAUCAGCGCAUGUCAGCUAGGAAGAAGUGGUGCAUCGUGCUCGCCGUGGCUGCCGUGAUUGCCAUUUGCGUCGUCGCCGUCGUGGUGCCCAUCACGCAAGUACUACUCAAGGACAAGUCCAGCGAUCGUCAGGCAAACACCAAUGGCUCGAGCUCAAACUCUGGCUCUGGAGCUGGGACCGGAGCCAACCCAGCUCCCGCACCUGAAAAAGUCGUGGCGACGUGGGGUGUCAAUGGCUCGGUCAUCGACCUUGGCAACGGCAACAACUUCACCUACAUCAACAACUUUGGCGGUCGCUGGGCUUCCCAGCCACUCAACAACUCGGCACAGGCUCAGAACUAUACGCCCCCGCUCGACCAAGAGUUCGACUUUGCACGCAACAGGAUCCUCGGCGUCAACCUCGGCGGCUGGCUCGUCACGGAGCCUUUCAUCGUACCCGCGCUCUACGAGCCGUACGAAAACACGUCCAAUCCGGCCGUGGACGAGUUCACCCUCUCUCAACGCUAUCUGUCCGAAGGUGGCGCCGACAAUCUGCGCGCCAAGAUGACGGAGCACUACGAGACCUUCAUCACCGAGCAAGACUUUGCCAACAUUGCGGCCGCCGGCCUCAACUGGGUGCGCCUGCCCAUCGGCUUCUGGGCAUUGGAGACGUACUCGAACGAGCCGUUCUUGGAGGGCGUCGCGUGGAACUAUGUGCUCAAGGCGAUCCAAUGGGCACGCAAGUACGGCCUUCGCAUCAACCUCGACUUGCACGCCGUGCCCGGUUCGCAGAACGCCUACAACCACUCGGGCCGUGUAGGCUUCAUCAACUACUUGCAGGGAUUGAUGGGCAAGGCCAACGGCCAGCGCACUUUGGACUACAUCCGACAGAUCGCACAGUUCAUCAGCCAGCCCGAGAUCCGCAAUGUCGUGCCCAUGUUCAGCGUGAUCAACGAGCCCUACGCCAUUUCGAUCGGCCAGCCCGCGCUGCAGUCCUGGUACUCGGAGGUCUACUCGAUCUUGCGCAGUAUCGCAGGGACCGGAGCGGGCAACGGGCCAUACAUGACCAUUCACGAUGGUUUCCUUCCGCUCAGCUCGUGGUCGGGCUUCCUGGGUGGCGGCGACCGCGUCGCCUGGGACACACAUCCGUACCUGUGCUUCGGCCAGCAGAACAACGACCCUUGGGAUGUGCAGAUCCUCAAGCCGUGCCAGCAGUUUACGGGUCUGCUCGACAAUGCUCGCUCCAACAUGGGCGUCUCCAUGGGCGGCGAGAUGUCUUUGGCCAUCAACGACUGCGGCCUCUUCCUCAACGGCGUCCGCGACGGACAUCGCUACGACGGCUCCUAUACAGGUCCCACGCCUGGCAACUUCCCGUACGUCGGAUCGUGCCAGCCGUUCGACGACUGGGAGAAUUACUCGGACGAGAUGAAGCGGGGCCUGCGCCGAUUUGCGCUCACGUCGAUGGGCUCGCUGCGCGACUUCUUCUUCUGGACCUGGAAGACCGGCAACAGCCUGAGGACGGGCAAGCCGACAUCGCCGAUGUGGUCGUAUUCGCUCGGACUGCAGCAGGGAUGGAUGCCGACGAACCCUCUGGCUGAGUCGAGCGGCGCGUGUGCGGCGCAGGCAUCAAGACUGGGAACUGGUGUGCCGAGUGCGACGUGGGGCAGCGCCUUCCAGAACUGGCAGACGGGUCGCGCGUCGUCCUACUCUCCCAACACGGCGGCGUAUCCCUGGCCGCCACAGUCGCUCGUAUCGGCAAACAGGCCAGUCUCGCAGCUCCCGAGCUACACACCAACCAUGUCGAUCACGCCGGUGCCGAAACCGACCUUCUCAGUUACUGCGACCGUAUCAGGUGACCCGACCCCGAGCCCAACCAUUGGCGCAUGGUACAACACCGACGAUACCACACCUCUCUACACGCGCAUCGCUGGCUGCGAGUACCCGUCUGACCAGUAUGACCUGGGCAGCUGGAAUCCGUCGGGAUGGCCGUGCAGUGGUGGCCAGCAGAGAAGGGACGAGCAGCCGCGUGCACUUCCGACCAACCCACCUCAGUGA